CUUUGAUGGUCUCUCCUUUGCAUCCAGGUGCAAACACAUCGCCGAAGAUUUUCCAGACCAGUAACGGAUCGUCACGUUGAUUCGACUUGUCGUUCGACAGCUACAACAGCAACAGUAGCAACAUUCCUUCCACCCCCGUCCUCGCCUUCUCAUCCCGCAAAGUAGGUCCGCAAAAAGGCAUAGCACAGAUACACUGGGCUUGUUGGUUGCCGGCCACAACACCCGACAAACGCCACGGCUAUUGGGCUUAGGCCUCCCGCACCCCUCCGACCAGCGCCUUCCAGAGACAACGGCUCGAUCAGUCUUACUUUCCGCACGAAAGACCCCCUCCGGAAUAACUCGCUGCGCCAAAAGAGGUAGGAAGGCGAACCGAUAUUCUCGACCGCUCCUUUCUCUGUUACAUCACCGUUUGGCCAUCCCCGCUCGACAACCUCUCCUUCCGUCUUACCCUCCUUCCUCCCGCAUACCUACCGACUUCCCGCUUUGAUUGUGUCGGUUUCGAUAUCUACCUACUGGGCGGCCUCGCCCUUUUCAGCUUGUCGGGACCUCGUCCUCAUGUCUCGCUCAAGGUUCCGGUUCGCCCUCCCCGCGCCGCCGACGCAAACACCGUAAACCAUCGCACAAGCGCAACAUGUCGCCGAGCGAGGCUCGGUACAACGGGGCCGGGUGGAGCAUGUCCGGUGCCCAGGUAGCCGCCUCCAACGAAACACUCAACUUCAUGUUGGGCAACCGUCGUCAGCCAACUUGGAUGACUGGGCCGCAGUCGCAGGCAUCCACCGCUCCCCUGCGUAACAUGGAAUCGAUACCAAGCAGUCGUCAGGCCUCUCACGCCCCCUCGAGGCGAUCACCUUCUCAACCUUCGAACCGAACCUCGACCGACAAGACCUCAGAUCUGAACCGACCUGCGUCCGCGAACGUCACUGCAGCUAUUUCAAGAGUGCUUGACGGCCCGCAAGACAAGCCUGCGGCGGUGCCUGAGCUUGCCCAACACACACUUGACUGCACAGCCGCUCUUCCGUCUCCAGCUCCGACUGACCAGCCUAGUCCACCUACAGCCGCCUCUAACCAAGGCUCCUACAUAGACUCUUGCUUCCAGAGCCCGGACUUGCCUCACGAUUCUUCAGCGAGUACCUUGAACAACACCACAUCAAUACCGAGUGGCGAGACAGUUGCCCAGUGCCAACCUGCCGAUGACUGUCAAGAUAUCUCUGGGCCCACCGUCUCAGGCCUGAGCAACACCACACCUUUGCCGGAUGAUGACCGUUCCGCACCGGGACCUCUUCCACCUGAGAACAGCGACAACCAUACAAUCUGCAUGUCUUCAUAUACGCCUCAGAACACGGCCCCAAGCUCGUAUUCGGAGACUGGGUUUGUCGCUCCUCAAAUCACUUCGGCCUCCGCAACCGUUGCUGGCCCGCAGAGUCAGUCUAGUCAAGCUGCAUCGCCGCCUUCGCUGGACCGACAACCAACUGCCCCUGCCUACCACACGCCGCAACUUCUCGAUCAUGAUGAUACGGGUGCUGGAAUACCAGAAGCCAACAUCCAUCCUGCCGAUAGCCUCGACCUCAAAGUUAUGGCCGACACCUUCGACAGGUUCAUCCGCCUUUGCGGUGGCCCCAAUAAGAUUCAGGACGACGGCACCUCUUUGCCUAGGAUCCGAUUUCUCAAAGACGCUAUUGACAAGGGCGAUUACUUCUACGUCGUACUACACCAUAUUCUUUGUGUGUGGUCUGCUGACAGGCAAGCCGUGUACCGCCUUCUUGGUCUUGCUCCCGACAUAGCGGAGAGUGCGCUUGGCGUCAUACAGAACACUCUCAGAAAGAAUGAAAACAUGAAUCCGACGCUGGUCCAUUUCUUCGCAAACUUCCCUAAUGCGCGCGCCUCUGGUCUGUGGGAGACCGAAGCCUUCCGCAAACACGCCAGCGACGUUUCCGUCUUCCUCAACAACCUCCACGAGCAGUGGAACCGGAUUCACAUUUCGGCCAUGAGACCUCGCUCUGGUAGAGGCUAUCCCAUUCUUGCGGACGAGUUGCGCUAUCAGCUCAAGCUUCGAUCGCCGGUGCUGGAAGGUAUUCUUUUCACAGUCACUAGAAGACAUAUCGGCGUCCCUGACGGUCCCAUCGCGGAGCAAAUGUCGGCGCUUUUCCGCCAAGACGCCCAUAACGACCAAGCCAGAUUGUCAGAGCAGGAACAGAGAGCAUUCCAGCAUGCAUUGAUAUCGAAGUACAAGAAGCUUGUCUGUCAGAGCGACCAAGUCCAACAACACCGUCAAGUACAGUAUCAACGGCAGCAGGCGCAGCAGCAGGCGCAGCACCACCAGCACCAGCAGCAACAGCACCAGCACCACCAGAAACAGCAGCACCACCAGCAAAUGCAAAUGCAAAUGCAACAGCACCAGCACCACCAGCACCAGCAACAAUUGCGGCAGCAGACUCGUUCUACGCCGGUUACACAGUUGCAGCAGCCACCACAGAACAUGGCCAGACCACAACCCAUGCCUCGACACCAACCCAUGACAGAGCAAGUGAGGAGACAUUCCGCUGGCUUUUCUUCCGCGCCGGCGAGGGUACCGACUCCGGUGCAGAGUUUCCCUGCCAUGGGUUUCGAUAUGUACCCUUCUCCGCCCAUCCAGAACCCACCCCAGUUUCAACACAACUAUCAGAACAAUCCGACCCCUGUGCAUCCGCAGCUGAUGCUGCGUAGCCAAGACCCCAGUAACUUCCAUGGUGGAAUGCAGCAGCCCAUGCAGCAAGCCAUGCAACAGGGCCAGGUGCGCAUGCCGCAAAUGCCGCAAAUGGGCGGGCAGGCGAUCCAGCCGCUCACGCCCACAGGCUCUCCUCACUACGCCAACGUGCAGUUGCCGUACAAUACCGGAGCACCACAAGGUCUUGGCCAGACAUCUCCUGUUCUGCAAGCGCCCCCGGGAGGUCUCUCAGUGUCGAUGCCGACCGUCACGUCACCAAUGCGGCCUACGGCUCCUCAGGUGUCACCGGGUCGUUUACCAGGCAUACCUCAGGAUUUACAGCUGCCACAGCUCGGCCAUUUUCAUCAUCCGCUGUCCCAGCAAGCUCCGAGCGUGAACUCGGAUCUAGGGCGUCAAGCCCAGGCUAUCGCGCAGAGGCAGGCGGAUCGCAUGUCACUUCAGGGCCAACAACUAUCUCCACCGCGACUGCAGCAGGCGCAGCAGGUGUCCUUUCAAAGGCGGCCUCCGAGUGCUGCCAGCCAUCUGCAGACGGACCCAAACGCUCUAGGAUCUCUUCCGGGAGUAAGUACGGCAGUUGCGAACCACCAAGGGCCAAGGCCAAUCAUGACGCGGUUCAGAGGCAGUCGUGACGCGUCGGGAAGUUUGACAGGCAAGGUGUUCGCGCCACCUCAUGUGCAAAUUCCUCUGGACCGGGUUCCGCACACACCUUGGGAACCAAGGGCAUUGGGCAUAGGACUGCACCAAAUCGAAGCAAGGAGUCCAAGACGAAUGCCGCGUGACUUACCGGGGCUAGAUGACGGGACACGAUCAAACAGAUACUACCAGUCCAUCAAGAAACUGGCAUUGGGCCCGGUCGCAACGCCGGUCGGGCAAGAGCUGCACCGUCUUGUCUUUAUCGUGCCCAACGAGGACAUCGACAAGCUCUGCCGCAGUCGAAACCUGGCAGGAGACGGGGUUCCCGUGUCGGAGUACUUCAACGGAUCCCUCCGAUACCGCCUCCGUCUUUGCGAAUUGCAAGUCAAGCCGGGGGAGCCGACGGAAGUGGCAGAAGCUACUUGGGCAGUGGCACAGACGUAUUGGCCCGACCACAUCAACAUCUUGGUCAACGACAAAGUCAUGACGAUCCGUCGCAAGCAGCACAACGGACAGCAUCAGCCUGUUGAGCUCACGCCGUUCGUUGCCGCGGGCGCGAACUCGAUAUCGGUGGCCAUUUCCCCGUCGCCACGGCCUCCAAAGCCAAACACGAUGUACUACAUUGCGGUGGAAAUCAUUGAAACGUUGAGCCACGAACACAUUCUCAACAUGGUGCUAGGGAAUGGUGGCAUUUCGGCCGAUUCGACGAGAGAAGCGAUCCGCCGGCGCCUGACGCCGGCGAGCGAGGACGGAGACGACGAGCUGGCUGUGGUGGGCAACGAUCUCAGCAUCGAUCUCGCGGACCCGUUCAGCGCGUCAAUAUUCCAGAUUCCAGUACGGGGCGCUAGCUGUGCGCACAUGGAAUGCUUCGACCUCGCCACUUGGUUGCAAACACGACCGAGUAAGCCCAGCUGCACGGUCCAUGGAGCGGGCAAUGGGUGCCGUCUUUGUAGCCGUGGCCACGGGGCGAAACCCGAGCCGUCGUUGGUGGACAAAUGGAAGUGCCCUCUAUGUGACGGAGACGCUCGUCCUUACAGCCUGCGGCAGGACAAGUUCAUGACAGAGGUUCGUUCGAUUCUUGAGGUGGAGGGGAAGCUUCAUACCAAGACAAUUCACGUGGAGGCAGACGGAUCGUGGAGGGCGAAAGAAGAGGAAGCGAGUGAUGAAGAUGAGGACGGUGAGGACGGGCAGCCGCCUGCGAAGCGGGUUAGGACAGGAGCGACCGUGGCGGAAAAAUCAAGCACUGUGGAGGUGAUUGAGCUGGAUUGAAU